UUUGAGAUGACACGGGGAAGUUCUGCUGGUUAUGAUCGUCAUAUUACCAUUUUUUCGCCUGAAGGACGUAUUUAUCAAGUUGAAUAUGCUUUCAAGGCUGCAAAUUCUGCUAAUUUGACUGCUGUUGGUGUUUGUGUUGAAGAUGCUGCCGUAAUUGUUGUUCAACGUCGAAUUCCAGACAAGCUGAUUAAUCCAAAUUCGGUUAAGAACGUUUAUAAACUUUCUCCAACUGUUAGCUGUACUGUUCUGGGGAUAGCUCCGGAUUGCAAGUUCCAAGUAAACCGUGCGAGAGCUGAAGCUGCUCAAUGGAAAUAUCACAAUGGGUAUGAUAUGCCAAUCUCAAUUCUAGCUCGUAAGAUGGCGGAUAUUAAUCAAUACUAUACUCAAGUCGCGGAAAUGCGUUCGCUUGGAACGACGGAUUGCAAGUUCCAAGUAAACCGUGCGAGAGCUGAAGCUGCUCAAUGGAAAUAUCACAAUGGGUAUGAUAUGCCAAUCUCAAUUCUAGCUCGUAAGAUGGCGGAUAUUAAUCAAUACUAUACUCAAGUCGCGGAAAUGCGUUCGCUUGGAACGAUGAUGAUGAUGUUAUCUUAUGAUGACGAGAGUGGUCCUCAAGUAUUUAUGAUUGAUCCAGCAGGAUAUUAUUGUUCGGUUCGCGGCUUCGGAAUUGGCACAAAACAGCAACAAGUGAAUAGCUUUAUGGAGAAAAAAUUUAAGAAAAAGACCCAAUUUACAUCUAACGAAGCAAUUGAUUUGGCUCUGGAAGCCUUACAACACGCUUUGGGGAUGGAUAUAAGGGCUGGGGAAGUUGAGGUAAUUUAUGUAGACAGAAACAAUCAGAAAAUAAAACAAAUGACGAAUGAAGAGAUUGAAGAACAUUUGACUGCUAUUGAAGAACGUGAUUAA